AUGAGCCCGGCACCGGAGGAGGUUGCACUGUCGACUACCGAUGCGGAUGCGAUUGGAGAUGUUUCGACAACUAGGGAUACACGCGGCGGCUCCUCGUCGACGACAUCGUCGUCGGCAUCGUCGCGCUCCAAGUCGUCGUCACCCUCGCUCUCCGGCGGCGAAUCCGAGUCUUCUGACUUGUCCGACUCGCCCAACUCGUCCGACGUUGAUGUCCGCCUGCCGGCGGCGAGAGUCAGCACGCCCGAUGGCACCGACGCCGCGAGCGAGACCCAGACCCAGACCCAGACCCAGACCCAGAGUGUGGCGCCCGAGUCCCGCAAGUCCAAGUCCAAGUCCAAGACCAAGACCAAGACCAAGACCAAGACCAAGUCGCCUUCACUCUCAAAGUCCAAGUUCAAAUCCAAGUCUCGCACAGCGGCCAAGGUCUCCGACUCGUCGUCGGCCUCGGGGCCCGACAACCCUUCGCCCAAGUUUACGCCCAAGCCCCAGCAGGCAUCAUCGUCAUCGUCGUCGUCGUCGUCGUCAUCGUCGUCGUCAUCAUCGUCGUCGUCGUCGUCGGGUCCCUCGUCCACACAGGCCACCGCUGCUGGUGCUGUAGUGCCGACCUCGACAGCUAGCAAAUCCAGCCGCAGCGGGCGGUCGAAGCGGUCUUCACGCGAACGGACCGGAUCCGGGAGCAAGCUGUCGCGCGGAACGUCCAAGUCCAAGCACCGGCGUUCGCGCGGGAGCAAGGCCAAGAUCAAGUCCAAGGCGGCCAAGCGCAGUCGCCACAAGUCUCGGCCCGAGCCGAUACAGGCCUACGAAGACUCGUACCAGGACGCCGUCGCCCGGUUUGAGCAGUACGACCAGUACGAGUCGCGGCUGCUCUCCAUGGCAGCCACUGACGAUCCGAUCACAGCGUCAGACUCGGGCUCGGGCUCGUCGUCGACCUUCUCCUCGCUCUCGGGCUCGUCGUCGAGCUCAGGCUCGCAGCUCGCAGUACAGCCGGGCGGAGGCCGCAUGGGCUCGCAUCCUGUGGUGAUCGAGGAAGACAAGGUGCUGGGCAAAGGCAACUUUUCCACCGUCUACCGCGGUUACCUUGGGGAUGUCGCAGUGGCCAUCAAGAUCCCACGCGUCCCACCGGAGCUGCAAAAGCCCGACGCCAACAUGUCAGCCGCCAAGCUGCAGGCCCGUAUCAAGCGGCGGAAAAAGGUCAAGUCACCCGAGUGGCUGUGGAACCAGGAGCUGUCUAUGCUGCGCGCAGCGUGCGCCAGGCCACGCUCCAAGUACGUCUGCCGCCUUGUCGGCGAGGGCACGUUUGUACGGCCAGGCAGCGACGACGAUGAUGUGGUCAAGGGCCUCAUCUUCAAGAUGUAUGUCGGCGGCACGCUCACCGACCACAUCAACAAGCGGAAGGGCGAGCACGGCGGCCUCCCGCAGGCCGCCUUUCUCAAGCACGCCCGCGAGAUGGCCGACGGCCUCGCCUUUCUCCACGCCCGGAACAUUGUCUUCCGCGACCUCAAGCCCGACAACUGCCUCAUCUCGCAGCCGGUCGGUGGCCACCUGGUCCUCGCAGACUUUGGGCUGGCCCAGAAUGCAGGGCUGCCGUCGCUCCACGGCAUCCUCGGGACCCGAACCUACAUGGCGCCCGAGGGCUUCUCCGGCAAGCGGCUUGUUCAGCCGGCGCUCGACGUCUGGUCCUUUGGUUGUUGCCUCAUCCACAUGUGGUGCGGCGUCCGGCCGUGGAACGACUACUCGCGCGACGAGUUCCAUGAGGCCCGACACAACUUUGAGACGCCCGAGCUGCCCAUCGAUGACUUUGACCAGCACAAGAUGAUGGUCCGUGAUUACCGCCAGCUCUGGCUCGAGCAAAAGGUGCGCGACCUCAUGGAGCGAGCCGUCGUCUACGACGCCGACGACCGCACCCUCACUGCCGCCCUCGCCGCCCGCAUCCUCCGCCACCUCAUCCAUGUCGUCGCCUCGGAGCGCAAAAUUGCCCAGAAGAGCUCGGCCUCGUUCUCCUCGCGCUCCCGUCGCUCCACCUCCAAGCGCUCGUCCUCCCGCCGCCACACCCGCGACCGCGAUCGCAGCGCCAAGCGCCGCUCGCGCCAGUCCAAGCACACACCGCCGCGCCCGACCACCGCGCCUCCCGCCUCGUCAUCUUCGACAACCUCGUCGUCGUCGACGUCUUCGUAG